UUUCCUCUCCUUUUGCCUUUUCUUACCAUUCGCCUUCGCCAUCACAAGUCUAUAAUCUGCCCAAUCGUCGUCUCGAGCGGUAUCUCAAUAUAGAAUCGGUACAAACCCGGCCCUCGCUACACCCUCCCACAGCCAAAAAUGUCUCUCCCCCAAGCGGGACAUGAGGAACCAGCCAACAUGCUGUCACCAGCUGGGGUUUCGUCGGACGUAUUACCGACAACAGCCCAAACGGCAACAAACGGCAACAUCGAAACGGCAGCAAGUGUCAUGCCUUUGGAAAACGGUUCAGAGCAGUCAGUCACACCGUCACAGCCAUUGCCGACGAACGGUUUCACCAAUGGGUCUCGAACGGCAGCGGAACAUGUAGCAAAUGGGGACGUUUUUCAUGGCAAUGGUGAAACAUCGAUACAAGCUGCCGAAAGCUCACAUCCAUUAUAUGUUCAAAACAAGCCGCCUUAUCCUGCACCGGCUCAUGUGAUCUAUCCCGAGGAAUCGAUACCCAACCCCUCCGUGAAUGAUCCGCGACCUCAACCCGUCUUUCACAACCUCGAUGCAAACUCCCUGUAUCGACCUGCAGUCCUCCCAGCGGAUUGCGAUGAUAGAGUAGAAAAGUCGAGUAUAUGGAUCAAUAUCGAUCCGGCGACGUCUAAAGCCGUAUAUUGGCUCCCUCCCACUUGCAUGACUUGCAAGAAUCCUGCUUUUGCCCAACAUUGCGACCGCACAUGGCCGAAAUGCACUCGCUGCACCACUCGAGGCGUCCGCUGUAUCCCCGGCAAAGGCUGGGGUCCGCUCAAACCGAGAGGCAAGCGCCGACCAGCUGCGCCCCUGGUAUCUGCAUCUACUGGCACUAGGACACGGGGGAGAGAUAGUACGGGAUCGGUCGUGAAAAUUGAGAGGGAACCGUCUCCUACGUUUCAAUUGGAGAGUAGCGAAAGGCCAAGGCGGAUCUCUGGAAGAGGGCUGAAUGCUGGGAGUGACGUGGAGAUGGCCAGUCCUUCGUCGACUUUGGUGUCUAAUACUACGACUCCUCUGAGUGGAAGGGGCAAACGGACGCGGACGGAAGUGGUGCAAAGCCCGGCAUCUACUACUGCCUCCGUGCCCAGGGCUGCGAAGCGCUUACGCCCGAGUGUCUCUCACCCCACGUCCCCCUCGCCGCUCCAAAAUCAAAUUCCCAAUCCUACUCCCGUCCCGGCUUCUACUCCACCUGUGAACAAUGUUCCUACACCGAUAUCCCUCAAGAUAUCGAGGUCUCGUUCAUCUCUGGCUUCCUCAUCCCAGUACCCCGCACUUCCGUCGCCUAUAAAAACGCCAUCCCUCAUUGCCGACAUUGCCCCAGUCGUACAACGGCCUGCACCGAUACCUAAAGGCAGCACAAGGGCGAAAUUACCCCUACAAAAGGAGCUUACAGACCAAUGUCCGGCCAUCGCGCAUACUCGGCAAGACCUCGCCGCUGCUCUCGACUAUGUCAGCAACCCGAAGAGGACCGCCGGGGGGAGUGUCAGUAGUAGUGUCACCGGGGCUGCCAAAGGUUUGAUUCUGGAGGGCAAGGUGGAUGCUCAGGGGGUGUACUUUGGGAUGGGAGAAGAGGCUGGAACUAUCAUCACCACCAUUGGAAAUGCUCGAAAGCAAAAUACAGAAUCCUUCAGUGAUCCCACUAUCGUCCCUGAAGCACCCCAAAUACAGUCCCUUCUAAUGGCGCAGAGCACCAGGACCCCUGUCGGUAUUGUGGUCAAGAAUGAUUAUGAGGCUCUGCCUUGGAAUCUGCACGCCGAGUAUGCUGUUUUGGGAUUUUUCUGGGUUGUUGAUGCUUGGGUCGAACCGGUGGUCUCAUCACUGGAGCUCUUCACCCCAAACCAAAAAGCGCCCAAUGGCCCACCUGAAAAAGUAAUCUGGAAAUUCCGUUUCGAGUGGUGUCAAGAUGGGACAUCUCCAUGGUGGUCGCCUUCGUCAAACCUUCAUUGGUCUCGUCAAGCUUAUAUCGAAGUCGAAGAUACAGCCUCUUGGGAUCUACCAGGAGGCGCAGACAAGACCAUCGAGCCUAGGACGGUACAACGCUCAGGCAAUCUGGAGGCGAAUGGGCAAGAUGUCGUUAUGAGGAAUGGAGAGAGGGAUGCUGUGAGGCAUCGCUGCGAGAACUGUAGAGCUGUGUCGCAGAGAGUGUAUAGAGAUGGAGAUAUCUGCUUGAAUGAGCAGUGUGCUUGGUUCUUUGGUGAUGCGUCAGACGCCAAUAACCGGAUAGGACCCAUCAGCAACACGCCCGGUCCCGUCAAACCCCUCCCUCGUAUACUUCCCAGGCAACAAAACCGUGUCAUCUGCCCACCCGAGCCCGGACAUUCAGUCUUCAAAAGUGGUCGCGAAAACGCAGGUAUAGAGUAUUGGGUGGCUUGGGUCUGUAAAGACUGCAAAGUGGCGCAGCAACGGGCCACAUGGUUAUGGAAAUGUCGAUUCUGUCCUAGAAAGUACGAUAUAGCUCCGGUGACCUACACCCACGUUGGCCUUCGCCCACCUCGUCCUGUAUGUACAGGUCCUCGCCAAGAAGACGGCUACGCCUAUUGGCCGCAUAACGCUCCUCGGUCCUGGUCCCUCUACAAGGACGAUGUGAAGGUCGUCAAGCACAUGCCGACAGAGUCUCUGGGAAUGGGUGUGGAGGUACAUCAUGCGCUCAGUAGCGAUCGGACGGCAAGUGAAGCGGGUGUGUUGCUGGUCAGAACGCAGAAAGAGUUGGCGAAUGAUCUCCUUCGGGGAAGUUAUCUCGAAGGAACAGCAAAAGGUGCCGAGAUGGUCCUCUCACUCUUCUACGCCUACAGCGUUGGCAUGCAAGCCUCAAGACUACCCGCAUUCCCUGUCAAAGAGGUUCUUUUCUGGGAUCGGGCCUAUAAAAUCACGCUCGACAUCAUGCGCAUGAUCAAUAGCCAGGCAGCACGCAUGUUCCCUGGUCAACGAGAGUUUGGCAACCUUACCAUCGCUGCCAUGCCGCCCCACCUGGACGCACGCUCUGCGCCGCUCAUCACUGUUCCUGCCAAAACGCUGUUGACGAUCCUAUUCAUGGGUUCAGACUCGACAGUCAAGAUCAAGUCAGUCGGCCGGGGUAAGCAGGGGUCGCUAGUGGCACAGCAUGGUGAUGUGAUUGGAGUCAAGGCUGGAGAGGUUGCUGUCGAUGUGUCGGUCAAGAUGGAUUCAUUUGGGUUCUUGUGUAUUGGACGUCAUGGUGUCAUGCCAGGCCAAUCUCCAGCCCCAGUCCCAGCCCCAGCCCCAGCAGCUCGGAUCCCACCUCCUGCCCCUGUUGCGAAACCCCCAACUCCCGCCCCUGCCCCCGCCUCCUCCUCCAGACCUUCCGCCCAACCGCCCAUAGUCGGCCCUCCCAAGCUCGCCACAGCUCCAUUGAAAGGCUGGUACCUCGGCGGCCACCCUCUCGACCCCUCGGAUCCCGAAAUCAUCUACCCAGCCUUCCGCCCGCCUCAAGAAAAUCCUUAUGCCAAGGUCGACAAAGGCAAAGGCAAAGCUACGGAAGAGUCGGAAGUCGAGCCAGAACCGCCUGCACCCGAGCCUGUGACCAGGCCACCACCUAUCAUCCUCGAUGAGAUGCCUCCCCCGCCUAGGUUGUGGGAACCUCGCCCUUUGUCACCUUUACCCGGUUAUGGCGAGAGUACAGAGACUAUGCGAAAGCAGAUGGCAGAAGCUGCUGCGAACGCGCCUUCGCCUACUCCGUCGGUAGAAGAAGUCCCAGCCUCGAGAGGCCGCGGUCGUGGUCGCGGAGGCCGAGGCGGACGAGCAAGAGGCAGAGGCAGAGGAAGAGGAAGAGGGCGUGGCGCUGCGACUGCCGCUGCUGCUACUCCUGUUACAGUCCGGGAUGAGUCGGAAGCUCCUCCUGCUCCUGUUCGUGGGGCUAGAGGUGGAAGAGCACGGGGUACUCGAGGUACUCGCGGUACUCGUGGCGGAAGAGGUUCGCGAGGCGGUACCAGGGGAGGAAGGGGCGGUAGAACAGCAGUCAAGAUUGAGCCUGACCUUGAACCGGAAGAUGAUCACAGCGCGAAUGGUGGCCAGGAGAUGGAUGUGGAUGUUGAUCGGGCGAAAGCCGAUGGUGAUCAACCCGCAAACGUGGAUAUGGAUGUGGAUGCCAAUGCGGAGACGACGGGCUCCGGUCCGAGCGCGACAGCUGGCACGAGGGGUAGGGGCGGCACUAGAGGGACACGGGCUAGGGGGAGAGGGUCGAGGGGUAUGGGUGGCACGAGAGGUCGGGCGCGGGGGGGAGGGUAG